AUGGAAACUGUCCCGAAGUUCGGCAAACACAUUCAGAAAAGGCAGCUCGAUAUCCCCGAAUAUGCCGCCAGCUUCGUUGACUACAAGGCGCUCAAGAAGUUGAUCAAGAAGCUCAGUGCCACGCCAGUAAUACACGCACAAGACCUCACAAAUGCCGGAAGCGGUCUCGCGGAUUCCCAAGCUUCACUACAAGCAAACAAAGCUACCUUUUUCUUCCGACUGGAGCGUGAACUGGAGAAGGUCAACAUAUUUUAUUUACAGAAAGAGGCUGAGCUCAAAUUACGGUUGAAGACACUGGCGGAUAGGAAAAAGUCACUACAAGCUCGUGGAUUAUCUGCUUCAAAAUUGUCCACAGUUUUUGUCACCCUGGAUGAAGGUUUCCGCUUGUUCAACAGUGAUCUCGACAAGCUUCAGCAAUUCAUCGAGAUUAACCAGACAGCCUUCUCAAAAAUCCUCAAGAAGUGGGACAAGACUUCCAAAUCACGCACGAAGGAGCUGUAUCUCUCAAGAGCUGUAGAGAUUCAACCUUGUUUCAACAGGGAUGUUAUCAGAGACCUUUCCGAUCAGGCCACUUCAAGUUUGCUCGAGCUUGGCGCAUGGGCAGAGGGCGAGAAGAUUGAGUAUGUCCCGACUGGUGACCAACAACCGAAACCUCAAGCAGGCGCGCAAGAGGACAAUGACAUCGAGAUGCAAAUGCAACAGGCAGUGAACACUGGUAACGAGACACUAAUCAAGGAAUGGAUCUCAAGACUUGGAUCUACAGAUGAAGCAAAAGAGCGCAUCAAUCGCAUCUUCCUCAGCACAAUCAACGAUGCCCCUCUGGAGAUGCAGAACACACUCCUGGAGACAAAUCUGGUCAACCUGGAUUACGUGGACGAGAUCAACGAGCGUACUUGUCUGCAUGAGUUGUCGAUCUCAGGAAGGCUUCCUAGUUUGACAAUGGUCCUCGAGCGUGGAGCAAAACCCACCACGACUGAUAUCUAUGGCCGCAUUCCGCUGCACUAUGCCUGUAUGCGUGGCCAUGUGGAGGUGGUCAAAGAGCUCGUCAAGUACGACUCGGCGGAUGCAAUGCAAGGCAUAGAGAGUACUUCCUCAAACGCCGCACCGGUUGCCGAAACUGUUGACUGCAAAGACUUGGACAACUUCACACCUCUCAUCCACGGCAUUGUGCAUGCUCGCUUCGCCGCUGUAAAAGCUGUCUUGGAAUUGGGGGCCCGCGUAGACCCAACCAGCGAGGCUGACCACAUUCCAAUCAACCUGGCUUGUCAAUACGGAUCGGUCUCGAUUGUGGAUCUGAUUCUCCAGUACCAUCCACAGAUUCUGCCCGAUGCUGAAGGUCUCUACCCACAACAUCUAGUUCCCCGGUCAGGACGUAGCCCGCAGAUACUGGAAAUGUUGAAGAAUUACGGAGCCAACCUGGACCAACCUGACAAGCUCUAUCAGUGGACUCCUUUAUUCCAUGCUGCGAGUGAGGGCCACUUGUCUUGCUUGCAGUCUCUGCUUGAAUUGGGCGUGGACGUCGAUGCACUGGACGAAAAAGAUCUCUCCGCCAUGUACUACGCUGCAUGGGAGGGUCACCUCGACUGUUUACGUCUGCUAGAAAAGGCGGGCCAUGGUAGAGGUAUAGCUCGCGAAGAGCCAACUCCAGCUCCUGCUACCUUCCAAUCUAUCCUCAGCUCGAGCGCGCCCAUCCCCGCAAGUGCAGACAUGGAAGCAAUCCCCGACCUCUCUCUACCUCCCCCUAUCAUACCUCUCAGACGCUAUGGCCACAACUUCCUGGACACGACAAAAACAUUCAUCGUCAUCAGUUUCGACUCUCAAGAUUCGGAUGCAAUCGAAUUCUAUGGCGAUAACAAGUACCCUGCUGCAAGAUUGACGAUAUCAUCCAAAUCUUCAGAUCUCAUUCCUCGCAAUAUCCCGUUGCCAGUGCAGGACGAAUUCAAGGUCAUCUCUUUCCAAAUCGACAACCUCGACACCUUCUCGAUUGACUUUGACAUCUUCCCAACGUUUGGCUCCAAGGUGAUUGCCAGAGGUGCGGCGUCGUCACUCGUGUUCUCGAGCAGAUACAGUAGUUCUGGAAACUGGCAUCUGGAACUCUUCGACCCCAGACUCAGAGCCAUCGGACGUAUCAGUUUCAAGUACCAGGUCGUUACACCAUUCCAUGGCAUCCCAAUGGAGAUCACGCAAUUCGCCACGUACUGGAAGGCGACGAGUCAGAUCAGCUCACAGCCCAACGCACUCAUCACUGGUUCGAGUUUGAGUGGCGAUUACAUGCGCAUUUUUGUGCAAGCAACCAAGGAUGGUGUGCCAGUCCUAUACCCUUCGUGGGCUAUGCCAUCUGCACUUGCAGCAUACGGCGUGAGGAAUGACCUGAUCAGUCGAGUAACGUUCGAGCAGUUCUCCGCUAUCGGCAGAGCAAAUGGCAAAGGACCUGAAAGCCUAAGAGCUCUACUUGAAUCAUCACCUGCCGAGUUGGCCCAGGGACUCGCGACAUCAUGGUGUUCUCUGCACGACGUGCUCGAGAUACUGCCUCCGCAGAUGCAUCUCGAUGUGCACAUGCUCUUCCCUACAAAGUCGGAAGAAGAGCUGCUGCAGCUUGGCCCGACGGGCAACAUCAACGAGUUUGUGGAUGCUGCAUUGAAGGAGGUCUUUGAUCAUGCAAGGCGUCUACGUGGAGCCAACGAAGGCUUGAUCAGAUCGAUUGUCUUUUCUUCUUACAACGCCAACAUCUGCACAGCGCUCAACUGGAAGCAGCCAAACUACCCCGUGCUCUUGUGUAACGACCUUGGCAUCGAACAAGCAAUGACAGAAGAGGCAGAGUGGCCGUUGUACAGCAGCGGACGUACCACGACAUCUGUCAAGGAAGCGGUCAGGAUCGCGCAGAGCAAUAAUUUCAUGGGCCUGAUGUGCAGCUCCAGAUUACUGGAACUGGUGCCGGCACUGAUUGAGUCAGUCAAGACGGCAGGACUGGUCUUGAUCGCAGACGUGACCAACUCGACCACUCAGGAACAGGUCGCAAGAGCAUCAUUUGAUGCGCUUCCCGACGAGGUGGACGGCUAUCUCGACAACAAUGCAGUGUUGCGAUUCCACGAGAGCAUCGAUAUGUAA